AUGUUCGGCCCAAGGCCUCACUCAGAGAGUGGCCCUAUGCCCACUCAGAAGGUGGCCCUAUGUCCUAAGUAUGGUGGCCCUAUGCUCCAAUCGGAUGUUCGGCCCUAUGCCCAAUUGGAAGGUGGUCCUAUGCCCAAUUGGAAGGUGGUCCUAUGCCCAAUCGGAAGGUGGUCCUAUGCCCCACCCAGAAGGUGGCCCUAUGCCCAAUCGGAAGGUGGCCCUAUGCCCAAUCGGAAGUUGGCCCUAUGCCCCACUCAGAAGGCGGCCCUAUGCCCCACCCAGAAGGUGGCCCUAUGUCCCACGGAAGGUGGCCCUAUUUCCAAUCGGAAGGUGGCCCUAUGCCCAAUCGGAAGGGGGCCCUAUGUCCCACGGAAGGUGGCCCUAUGCCCAAUCGGAAGGUGGCCCUAUGCCCAAUUGGAAGGUGGUCCUAUGCCCCACCCAGAAGGUGGCCCUAUUUCCAAUCGGAAGGUGGCCCUAUGCCCAAUCGGAAGGUGGCCCUAUGCCCAAUCGGAAGGUGGCCCUAUGCCCCACCCAGAAGGUGGCCCUAUGACCCACUCGGAAGGUGGCCCUAUGCCCACUUAG